UACCACCAUGUUGGUAUCCAACCGUUACCCAACGGAACCUCUCCCCGGUACCCAAAUUCAAAUAAACACUCUCAAAAGCAAAAGCAAAAGACAUUCAUUCCCUCACUUUCCCUUCCUUUUCAAAUCCUACUAUAUCAAACUUCAAUCACUCACUCCCUUCUUCUUCUUCUUCUUCCUCAUACUACCAAUUCUACUAUCUCCUUUCUCAAAAUGGGUUGCUGCGUUAGCAAAUGCAGACCCGACACCAAACCCUCCCCAGAACAACAUCAAAACCAGUUCAACUUCAACCUCCUUCAAGACAAACUUCCUCCACCACCUUCCACCCUUUACUCCUCCACCAAAAUCUCACCCUCCCCUCCUUCUCCAACCUCUUCCACUUCCUCCAUUUCCUCCUUCACAUGCACCACUUCCAACACCAUCUCCUCAGCCUCCUCCCUCUCCACCGCUUCCUCCUCCUUGAGCUCCAAGGACAGGUCCUUCUCCAACGAAUUCCUAUGGUCCUGCUACAAGGACAACCCUCACAUCACUCGCAUCAACUCACUCAGGGAAGCCUCUCUCUCCUUGAUGCCACCAACUAAACCCAGACCUCAUCAUAGAAAGCUCACAAAUGUAAACCCAUCACCACCUCCCAAACCCAACUCGGUUACACGCAGGCAGUCUCCACCGCCACAAUCGUUUUCUAUGCCCCAGAAGAGGGUUCGCUCAAACUCGCCAACGAAUCUGGCCAGGCAGAAGAGUUUCCGGAAGGACACGGAGAGGUCGAUUACUAUUAACUAUGCUUCCGACAUGCACAGUAGGACUCUAAGGUCACCCUCUCCGAGCAGAAGAUAUAUCGGAGACAAAUGUGGGAGUGCUAAUUCGGCAACGGACAACGUUGUUUCGAGGAGAAUGGUGAACAGUUCGAAAGUUAGUUUUCCUGGUGUUCAUUCUCAUCAUUCUGGUUUGCCUUCAACGAGGAAAGAGAGUGUUAAAGCAGAGAGUCCAGGAAGAGUAGUUAAUUGUGGUGGUUUAAGGCAGAAUGAGAGAUGUACUUUCGGGGCUGGCUCUAAAGUUGAUGAAACUCUGGCUAAGGAUGUGGUUUCUGACCAUGACAUGGACUUAACUCUGAUGGAGGAUAUUAACAACCCUCUUAUCUCCUUGGACUGUUUCAUCUUUUUGUAGAAAACACUGUGUCCUACAUAUUCAUAUAUUUUUGUGUCCAUAUAAUGUUCCCAACCAAUUUUCUGCUUCUUUUUGUUUCUUUGUUUGUUUCAUAUUUUUAGUCUUUUGAUUGUUUGUUUGUUGAAUGUGACAAAAUAUUCAUAACUGCCCUAGAAGUUCAAAGGUUGAUGAAAUUCUAGUUUUAAUCUUUUAGAUAUAAGAUGAAAAACACUGGUGUGUGUUUUCUUCCUGGUUUGAAUUUGUUAUGUUUCUGCAUAACCACAGAGAGUCCUGUAUCAUGUAAGA